AAAGAUGGAUGCCUCAAACACAAAGCCUUACAACCUUCCUUCAGAUGCAGUAUGGUUCAUUACCGGUUGCUCAUCUGGCAUCGGAGAAUCAUUGGCGAAGCUCAUUGCGCGGUCACCCAACCGUCUUGUAGCCACGGCUCGAAACCCAGCAUCUCUGUCAUAUAUCGAAGAUGGACCUGAUACUCUCAAGCUUACACUAGAUGUUACAUCAAAGACAGCGAUCGAGGAAGCCAUUAGCAAGACUCUUGCUAAGUUUGGUCGCAUCGAUGUCCUCGUAAACAAUGCAGGGUUUGAACUUAUUGGCGAUACGGAGUCAUCUACUGAUGAAGAGGCCCAUCUAGAGAUGAACACAAACUUUUGGGGUACUGUCAACGCCACCAAGAUAGUUCUGGGCAUCAUGAGAGACGAGAACCCUAAGAAUGGCGGACAGCAAGGAGGUGUCAUCAUUAACGUUAGUUCUAUGGGAGGUUUUAUGGGAUUUCCAGGCGGCGCCUUCUACCACGCGUCAAAGUUCGCGGUCGAAGGCUGGACGGAAUCAGUAGCGAAGGAACUUCCCACGGAAUGGAACAUCCACUUUUGCAUCAUCGAGCCAGGUGGUACGGAGACGAACUUUGCGACGUCGUCAUUGAGGGAGAUGUCUCACAGACACCCAGCCUAUACGAAUCCGAAAUAUCCAACAAAUUCUCUGCUCUCGCAUAUGCGAAAUGCAGAGAAUCGCAAGCAUUGGACUAGGCCUGAUGCUGUUGCGACUGCUAUAUAUAAACUUGUGAGCGAGGGGAAGCGAAUUCCAAUCCGAAUCCCCUUUGGCGCGGACGCUUUUGGUAUGAUUUCAUUAGAUAUCGAAAAUAUUAAGAAAGACUUGGAAGAGUUCAAGGAAAUCAGCCUUGGUGUGGGAGCUUUGGAGCAGAUGGAUUCGAUUACAUUUUUGAAGAAAGCGUAA